AUGCUAGCGCUGGGCCUAGCGCAGGCGCACUGGACGCGGCCUUUUGCUGCUGGCGCGGGCUGGGCUGCGGCAGCAAAGAAGAGAGAUUUUGCUGCAGCUAUUGCAAAGACUCCAUUCCCUUUACAAUUCUUAGAUAGGUACAAGCUACAUAUUUCGGUUGGGGACAACACUGGAAUGGUUCGCCUUUUGUGCUGGGACAAAGUUGCUCGAGAGUUAGUUGGAAAACCAUGUGAUGCUGUGGAAAAUGAUGGAUCAGAUCUACCACUUGACCUUGAGCUUUUGACAAACAAAAUACUAUUGUUCAAGGUUUCAAAGAAAAAGGAUCAAUUUGGAUCAUACAUUGAUCCUUUUACUGUUUCUCGAAUAACAGCCGAUCAUAUUUGGUCAGCCGAUUUGGUUCUUUGGUCAACAUCUCACAGUUACAAAGUUCUAAAAGCAAUGAAAAAGAAGCGGCGGGGCCAGCGUAUACACGACUGGGCACUCGGAUGCUUAUCCCAAAAGUUCAAAGAAUUUAAACUUCUCGAAGGCAAUGUGUACGAGAUCACAUAUUUCGAACAUGUGGAGGACAAAAGUGCAUUCAAAAUUGCCAAAUCAAGUCGCAAGUUCAUUUUCUACAAAGAAACUAACAUGCGCGAGAUAGUUGAGUACGAGUAUCCGAGGUUUAUGUUUGAGUUCAAGCAAUUUAGCGAGCUAACCGACCCCGAAACAAUUGAUCUGUCCACACCUUUUGACAUGAUUGGACGUAUUGUUUUGUUUCAAAACGUGCAUACAAGAAAUUCAAAUGGAGGUCAAAAGAGGUGUAUUGACAUUGUUCUUGAAGAUAGGGGCUGCCACCGAACUUGCACGCAACGGGAAGGAUAUGCGGAUAUGCUUCUAUCUGCCUACAAAAAGACAUCUCCAACUGAAUUGCGUCUAGUCGUAAUACAACUUUGCCAUGCAAAGUCAUUUGAUGACGGAUCUGUUUUAGUUUCCAACAUUUAUGAUGCUACGACAUUGAUAGUCUCGAAUGAUGUUCCUGAGAUUAUUGAUUUCAAUCAAAGGUACAAUUCCCACACAUGGCCAAGGGAAUCUUCAUUCCCAUAUGUUAGGUCUUUCUUGUCAAACGUAUGUGACGACUUGCAAUCCGAAAUUGCUCCUAUCAUAAAUAGGUACAAGCUGCAUAUUUCAGUUGGGGACAACGCCGGAAUGGUUCGCCUUUUGUGUCGGGAUAAAGUUGCUCGAGAGUUAGUUGGAAAACCAUGUGAUGUUGUGGUUGCAAAGAAAAAGGAUCAAUUUGGAUCAUACAUUGGUUCUUUUACUGUUUCUCGAAUAACAGCCUAUCAUAUUUUGGUCAGCCGAUUUGGUUCUUUGGCCAACAUCUCCCAGAAUUCUGAUCAACAUUCCAUAUUGAUCAAAGAAUAUUAUGAAGCUGGUCAAGUUAAGGAAUCAAAGGGUGAGGACACUAUACCAGGCUACAGGGAAAUAACCGGAAAGAGGGUUCAAAAGAAGUUAUUUAAAAUCAAAGUUGAGAAAACUCUAAGGGGCUGGAUCAAGAUUAUAUUCACUAGGAAGCUGUUUCUAGGAUAUUAG